UGGCACUGCAGUAGACUUCUUUUUCUGCUCUACGUCGGAACGUUUUAACAUCGUAACCGUGCGCAGUGGACGGAGUAAAAUAGAGAUGCACCGCGUUGCCAUAGCAGAUGAAGCUAACGUGCAGGAACCGAGCGAUAGCAGCAGCAAAACAAGCAUUUCCACGGAUGAUUUCUGCCUGUAAAGGCAACUGUUCUCACGGCCUUCCGAGCGUGCCAGCAUAGGAUUUUGUCGAAUAUCUCGGAGCGUUUGUCUCUGUAACAUCGAAGCCAUGGAUUAGCCACUUGUUUGCUGGCUACGGACGAGACGGGGGCGAUCGGACUGCUGGAAAAAUAGUGACUGUCAGCUGUGUUGUCUAACAAAAAAUAACAAGGAAUAGCAACAUCUGACUCCAAUACUUCCCAUCAGUUGACUUGUGUCAGAGAGGAUUUUCCUCUCUGCUUGUGCUUUGAGAACCACGGGCAGUCACUUAUUGAGGGAGCUAUGCAAAUGAUACUCGCAGGGAGCCACGUUUGGAAUACAGUGGCAGUGGAGGCAUGGGAUAGAGUGGCUGAAGUCGGGUUCUCUGAAAGGCUUUAAUGUCUGACAUAAUCCAACGUCGGCAAGAUGACCGAGAGAUAUCCACUUGCAGAGAAGGCAAUGUCAGAGGGCUAUGCCCGGCUCAGGUACAAGGACACGUCGCUGCUCAUUUGGCAGCAGCAACAGUUGGAGCUGGAGAAAGCGCCCCCCACCAACUACCUCAGCCGGAGCCAGAGCAGCCGAUACUGUCGGUACGGAAACCAAUCCGUGGUGGUACGGGACAAGAACAAACUAGAGGGAACUGCCAACUCUGGACGCUCCACAAUAUGUCUAAUUAUGUAAUCCUAUUUGCCAUUUUUCAGUGUUCAUUACCAGCAGCGUUAUGACAGCUACAAUCUCUCAUGUAAACAAAGCGCGUUGUGGUGACUAAUCUGCACGAGGAUUUUGUCCCUGAAAAUUCCAUAGUGUUAAAAGAUUUUUUUUUUCAAAAGCCAUAAAGGUGAAAGCGAACAGA